UUACAGCUUUACAAGAUAUUUCGAGUGCUUCCGAAGAAGAAUAUUCUGAUCAAGGGAAAAAAGAUGAUAAAGUAUGGAAUGAUGUUAUUAAAGGUGAUAAUUUAGAGUGGAGAUUUUAUAACGCAAAGUGUAAAUGGUAUGCUACAAGUUGGUUAAGAGAGCAUCCACAUGAAAUAAAAGUUCAUUUAGCUAGAAACUGUGAUAAUGCACCCGAAAACAUAAAAAUCAAAUGGCAAGACUCUUUAGUAGAAGAAACUUCACAACCAAUAGCUUGA